AUGUCCAAGAGAAGUGCUGAAACUGUGGAUGAGCAGUCAGCCCUUAAGGCUGGCGAGCGCCCAAUUGCUGCGGCCCCAAUGGACGAAGCGGGGGAGUUUGAAGACGAGUUCGAGGAUGAGUUCGAGAGUGAAGAUGAGAUCCUUGAAGCUGGUGUUGAUGGUCGCCCAGACGCUGAGCGCGAAGAAGAAGAGAAGGAAGCUAUGGAUGUCGACAAGGAGACUUUCAUCCCCGGACGGACAAAACUGGCGCCUGGAGAGACACUAUCGCCCGAUCCUUCCACCUACGAUAUGCUUCACACACUAAGCACUCCCUGGCCAUGCCUCUCCUUCGACAUUGUGCGCGACUCGCUCGGUGACAACCGCAAGACCUACCCUGCCACGGUCUAUGCUGUCACUGGUACACAAGCCGAGGGAUCCAAAUCCAAGGAGAACGAAUUGAUGAUUCUCAAGAUGAGCGGUCUCAGCAAAAUGGAGAAGGGAGGCGAGGAGUCAGACAGCGACUCGGACGACGACGAUAUGGGUGAGCCCAUCCUCGAGCACAAGUCGAUCCCACUUGGCUCAACGACGAACCGCAUUCGCACCCAUCAGACCCCCUCUCAAUCGGGUGAUUACUCCAAGCCCCCACAGACUCUUACUGCGACUUGGCUCGAAAACUCCCAAGUCGUCAUCCACGAUGUCACUGCCCACCUUGCCAGCUUCGAUGUGCCCGGCACUAUUCUUCCGCCCUCGGCUUCUAAGCCUCUUUCAACUCUGCGCAUGCACAAGACCGAAGGUUACGCCCUGGAUUGGUCUCCUCUCCAGCCCCUCGGAAAACUAUUGACCGGUGACAACGACGGUUUGAUCUACGCUACCACUCGCACCGAAGGCGGCGGCUGGGUUACCGACACCCGACCUUUCACAGGCCACACAUCCUCGAUCGAGGAACUUCAAUGGUCUCCUAAUGAGCGCAACGUGUUUGCAUCGGCAAGCAGCGACGGUAGCGUUAAGGUGUGGGAUGUGCGAUCUAAGUCGCGCAAGCCUGCUGUCGAUGUUCAGGUCUCCAACACCGACGUCAACGUCAUGAGCUGGUCUAACCAGACCGCUCACCUUUUGGCAACCGGUGCCGAUGACGGCCAGUGGGCGGUCUGGGAUCUGCGUCACUGGAAGCCCAAUGCCGCCGCGCCUUCUGCUCAGAUCACCUCUACCCCCGUCGCAUCUUUCGACUUCCACAAGGAGCCCAUCACCAGUAUUGAGUGGCAUCCCUCGGAUGACAGUGUGGUGGCAGUUGGCUCCGCAGACAACACUGUCACUCUUUGGGAUCUGGCCGUUGAGCUGGAUGACGAAGAGAGCCGCGCGGCCAACAUGGCGGACAUUCCUUCGCAAUUGCUAUUCGUGCAUUAUAUGGAGUCCGUCAAGGAGCUCCACUGGCAGGCACAGAUGCCGGGUACCCUCAUGGCGACCGGUAGCAGUGGAUUCAGUGUUUUCAAGACUAUCAGUGUUUAA